GCAUCGUGCCCCCAGGCGGGGCGACAGGGAUCGUGCCCCCAGGCGGGGCGACAGGCAUCGUGCCCCCAGGCGGGGCGACAGGCAUCGUGCCCCCAGGCGGGGCGGCGGGCGCCGGACCCCCAGGCGGAGCGACAGGUCUCGGGCCCUCAGAGCGGAGCGGCGGGCGCCGGACCCCCAGAUGGAGCGACAGGUCUCGGGCCCUCAGGCGGAGCGGCGGGCGCCGGACCCCCAGGCGGAGCGACAGGUCUCGGGCCCUCAGGCGGAGCGGGCGGGCGCCGGACCCCCAGGAGGAGCGACAGGUCUCGGGCCCUCAAGCGGAGCGGCGGGCGCCGGACCCCCAGGCGGAGCGACAGGUCUCGGACCCUCAGGCAGAGCGGCGGGCGCCGGACCCCCAGAUGGAGCGACAGGUCUCGGCCCUCAGGCGGAGCGGCGGGCGCCGGACCCCCAGGUGGAGCGACAGGUCUCGGGCCCUCAGGCGGAGCGGCGGGCGCCGGACCC